AGUGAGCCUAUCAGCUACAAUUAUUAGUAAAGGAGAAACAAAAGAAACUAGCUAGGAAGCUUCCCAUAUGAUGUUAAUAAUAUUGCCAGAGAGUUAAAUCGGAUCUAAUUGACACAAUAAAGACAAAGGCUCUGGGCUACAUGCACCACACACAGCAUAUCAUCCAAACUCUUCUUUCUUUAUUGUUUACAAGAAAAAAGAACUUUCCCCUCGUUUUUUCAAUUCCUUAAUCUCUAGCAUACCAAAAAAUCGAUGGCUGCAGAAGUAGUAGGAGGAGCUUUACUCUCUGCUUUCCUUCAGAUGUUGUUUGACAAGAUGGAUUCCAAGGAUGUCCUUAACAUCAUCCGGAGAAAGAAACUCAACAACAGGCUGCUCGAGAAGUUGAACAUUAAGCUGCUGUCAGCUGAGUCGGUGCUGAAAGAUGCUGAGGACAAGCAAAUAAAACACCAAGCUGUGAGGAAGUGGCUUGCUAAGCUCAAGGAAGUAAUCUAUGAUGCAGAUGACUUGGUGGACGAGAUUAAUACUGAAGCUUUGCGAUAUGAGAUUGAAGGUGAAUCUGAAAACACCUCACAACAGGUACUAAAAUUCAUCUCAACUCCAUUUACUGCUUUUAACAAACAGGAUGUGGAGUCGAAGAUAGAGGAAAUCCUUGAUAGAUUGGACUUUAUUUUUCAACAAAAGGAUUCCCUUGGCCUCAAAGUAGGUGUUCAAAACAAACCUCCACGAAGAACACCAUCAACUUCUUUAGUAGAAGAAUCUGCUGUGUAUGGCAGGGAUGAUGACAAAAAGGCUAUCCUUGAUUUGUUGCUAUCAGAUGAAGUUGGUGGCAAUAAUAUUUCAGUGAUUCCCAUAGUGGGCAUGGGCGGGAUUGGCAAGACCACCCUUGCUCAGCUCAUUUACAAUAAUGACUAUGUAAAGAACCAUUUUGAGAUCAAAGCAUGGGCUUGCAUCUCAGAUGAUUUUGAUGUUUUUAGAAUCACAAAAAUAAUUUUUGAGUCGAUUACAUCUCAAACAUGUGAUAUUACAGACUUGAAUCGACUUCAAGAAAACUUAAAGCAGAAGUUGGUGGAAAAGAAAUUUCUCUUUGUUUUAGAUGAUGUGUGGAAUGAGGAUUAUAUUGAGUGGGAUAAAUUGAAAAGUCCUUUUGAAUUUGGAGCAUGUGGGAGUAAAAUUAUUGUGACAACAUGCAGUGAAAAAGUUGCAAAUAUGGUGCGAAAUGUUAUGAAUUAUACGCUAAAAACAAUGUCUGAAGAUGAAUGUUGGUUGUUAUUUGUUAAGCAUGCCUUUGGUAAUGUAGAGCUAUGUGCACAUCCCGAUUUGGUAGGAAUUGGUAAAAAACUUGUUAGAAAGUGUCAAGGUCUUCCAUUGGCCGUAAAAUCCCUGGGUGGUCUCUUGCGUAAUGAAGAAAAUCCACAAGAAUGGGAGAGAAUUCUAAAGAAUGACAUAUGGGAGUCAUCUGAAAGGGAACAUAACAUUCUUCCAUCCCUGUGGUUGAGCUAUUAUUAUCUGCCUCAACAUCUUAAAAGAUGUUUUGCUUACUGCUCAGUUUUUCCAAAAGAUUAUGAAUUUAAGAAAGAAGAUCUAAUAUUACUAUGGAUGGGAGAAAAUCUUUUGGAGCCCCUUAGAAAUAAGACUGCAGAAGAAGUUGGAAAGGAAUACUUCAACGAUCUGCUCUCAAGGUCAUUGUUUUAGGGCACUAAGAGUGGCAAGUUUACAUUGCAUGACCUUGUAAAUGAUUUGGCUAUGUUUGUAUCCGGUGACUCUUGUUUUAGGUUGGAUGACAACGUCUCAAAAGUUGUAAGAAAGAGUACUCGUCAUUUGUCAGGUUUACAAUGUGACCUCCAUUAUAUCAAGAAAUUCGAGGAUUUAUGUAAUAAGAAGAUAUUGCGCACUGUGAUAUUGAAAAAAAUUUAUCUAUCUAGAGAUGAAUACUUGAUGCAUAUUCUUGAACAGUUGCAAUCAAUGCAGUACUUAAGAGUGCUUGAUGUAUGUGGAGGUUUUUAUAAUACGGAAGAAAGUCCUUGCAUGACAAAGGUGCUCAACUCCAUUGCCAAUUUGAAGCUCUUGCGACAUCUGA